CGCCACUGCAGGAUUUGGAGCUGUGUUGAAGGCGAGGCAACAAGCGUGUCUGACUGGCUGCGCGCGCGGAGCGACUAACUUUGACUUUCAGCACAGUUCAGCUCAUAAAGCGGGAGCUUGGAUGGAGAGCGCGCGCCACAUGUGAACUGCCCCUCAACUGCUCAACGCACAAUGAGGCUGAUUGCCGAGGGGGACAUCACCACGAAGAUGAUACGAGGCAAUUUUAUAACUUAUUGGCACCGGUGGAUUUUUAUUCUCUCAGUCCAUCAGUUUUUAUUCUCGUCAUGGGCUUUGUCAGAGGGAAAUACUAUCAGAUACCAGACCAGCGAGGAGGACGCGCCGGGCACGGUCAUCGGAAACCUGGCCAAGGACAUGUCCUUGAGUCUGUCUCAUUCCUCCAAGACCAAUUUCAGGAUGAUGAAACAAUUCAACGAUUCAUUCAUCAGGGUAAGAGAAAACGACGGGGAACUCACAGUAGGAGAACGAAUUGACAGAGAGAGAAUCUGCAGACACACUUUACAGUGUCUGAUUACUUUUGACGUGGUUAAUUUCUCCAAAGAUCGCUACAAAUUGAUUCACGUUGAGGUGGAAAUAAAGGACAUCAAUGACAACUCUCCGGAGUUUCCAAACAAGGAAUCUAUAGUGGAGAUCUCGGAGAAUGCAGCUGUUGGAUCCCGUAUCCCCCUGGAUCCAGCUGCGGACGCUGAUGUCGGGUCAAACUACAUCCAAAGCUAUCAAAUAUCAGUAAACAGUCAUUUCACCAUUGAUGUGCUCCUGAGAGCCGAUGGGGUUAAAUAUGCGGAAUUGGUACUAAUGAAAGAGCUAGACAGGGAGACUCAGUCAUCAUACACUGUGGAAUUAGUGGCCACAGACGGAGGAAACCCGUACAGGUCGGGCUCAACAAAGAUAACUAUCAAAGUGACUGACUUUAACGACAACAGUCCUGUUUUUGACCAGAAUAGUUUUUCUGUCAGUCUGCCAGAGGACGCUCCGGUGGGCACUGUGAUACUGGACUUGAACGCAGUUGAUGCUGAUGAGGGCUUGAACGGAGAGGUGGUGUACGGGUUCGGAAAACAGGUUUCUCACGAGAUCCGAGAACUUUUCCAAGUGGAUAAUAAAUCAGGUCGCCUGACGCUCCGGAGCCCCGUGGAUUUCGAGGACAAAAGCACCUAUGAGCUAGACGUGCAGGCGACCGAUCUGGGACCCAACCCGACCCCCUCCGUGUGUAAAAUCAUAAUUCACGUCACCGACGUUAACGACAAUGCCCCAGAAAUCAGUAUCACCCCGAUGACCUCGAUCACGACAGGCAUCGCGUACAUCAGCGAGGCGGCAGACAAGGACAGUCUGGUGGCGCUGAUCAGCACCUUGGACAGAGACUCCGGCGUCAACAGCCAGGUCCACUGCACGCUGUACGGCCACGACCACUUCAAACUCCGCCAGGCUUACGAGGACAGCUACAUGAUAGUGACGGCGGCCGCUCUAGACAGGGAGAGGAUCAGCGAGUACAACUUGACGGUCAUGGCUGAGGAUUUCGGGUCACCUCCGCUGAGGAAAAUCACCCAGUACACAAUUAGGCUGAGCGACGAGAACGACAACGCCCCUCACUUUGCCAAAGCCGUGUAUGAAGUUUCGGUGGUGGAAAACAACGCCCCGGGCGCUUAUAUCACCACGGUGGAGGCGAGCGACGCGGAUCUGGGCAACAAUGGGAAAAUUACUUACAGGCUUGUGGACAGUGUUAUUAUGGGCUCCCCGGUGAACACCUUUGUGUCCUUGAAUUCCGUGUCUGGCUCUAUAUACGCACUGAGAAGUUUCAAUUUUGAAGUAAUGAAGCAUCUAGAUGUGCAUAUUCAAGCAAGCGACGGGGGGUCACCACAGCUGCAGAGCACAGCUGUCAUCAGAUUAAAAAUAGUUGAUCAAAAUGACAACCAGCCCUCCAUCAUCGAGCCGCCACUCUACAAAGGAUCUGCUGAGGUUUUCCUGCCCAGAGAUGCACCUGCAGGUUAUGUGGUAACCCAGAUAAAGGCCACAGAUGCUGAUGAAGGAAUAAAUGCACAGCUGUCCUUUAAAAUCACCGAGGGGGGGCACAUGGGUUUCUCUAUCAACAAAGACACUGGGAAGGUACACGUGAGCAGACAGCUGACAUACGAUAUCACAGACAAUGUCAAAGUCACGGUGUCCGUCACUGACAAUGGAUCCCCGCCGCUUUCCUCCACAGCCAUUAUACACUUCAAUUUUAUAGAAGGAACUCUGCCGAGUUUGCCUUCCAUGUCUGAAGACGGCACCGAGGAGCCUUUUGAAUGGGACAUGUCCAUAGCCAUCAUCAUUGUCCUGGCAGGGAGCUGCUCUCUCCUCCUGCUGGCUAUCAUUCUCAUCACAACUAUUUGCAGCCGGCGGAAAAAAGACACGAGGGAGGGGGAGUUUGAUGAAAAAGAAGACACACCAAAUGUGGAGAAAGUGGAAAGUGGUCACAUCGAUUCACUGAUUGCCAACCACAAAGGCAAAGCGUUUGAAGCCCAUCCAUUCCCAGAGAAACCUCCAUUGGCUGGCAGCACCACAUCGGAGACAGGCUGUGAGGAUGGCAGGCAGACAGCAGGCAUCUUUGAGUCUAACAACAGAGUUGUGGAGAAUAAAUUAAAGGGUUACUCGACACUACCAGGAUAUGGCAAAGAGACUGUGAGGCCGAUAACAAUAUGGAAGGGCAAUUCAUUCACCACGAUCUCAGCAAGAGAUCCCCACAUCAGUGGCAAGGACAGUGGAAAAGGGGACAGUGACUUCAAUGACAGUGAUUCAGAUAUAAGUGGAGAUGUGCACAAGAAAGAGUCUCCUCCAACAAACAGUCUCUGGGCAUGUACAAGUGAGUGCAAAGUGUUGGGACACUCAGACCGAUGCUGGAGCCCUUCAGCUACCAGGCCCAACACAAGCUUGGCCAGUGGACCGCAUCUGUCAACGUUCUCCAAGACAGCUUCACUUCCCCGGGACACCAGGAGAGAGAACUACUACCCUGCUCACUUACCCAAAACCAACGGCCUGCAGAGCGUUUAUGAAAAAGUCCAACACCAGGAGUUUGAUUAUAUUCUUGUUGGUCCACCGACGCCAGCCAGGAUACAGGAGACAGAUGAAAUAUCCAUCCCCGAAUAUACAAACUCUUAAGACAUUCUACAAGAAAAAAAAAAAAAAAAAAUCACGAGAGGGGUUUUGUAUUUAUACUGUACAGUACUUUUAUCUUUAUUGACUCUGUGUUGGAUUGUUGCAGUGUUUUGUAGUAUGUCAUGUGUCCUUUUGGCUCAUAUAAGACUGUUCAUUGUAUUAUCUGUAAUAUGCAAGAUUUUCUACAUUAAUAAUAUAUUUUUCAUAUCAAUUCAAUGUAAAAAA